GGCGGGAACUAUUGGAAAUUAAAUUAAACUCCGCUCCCAAAAAAAGGAUAGUUGUUGCUACUUUGUAGUUCGAGAGUGUCAAUUGGGUUUUAGGGUUUUGGCCAUUGCAGAUUCAAGUCGAUCAUCUAAAUUUUCCGAACUUACUUUGUUAUUGCACUUUUAUUAGAUCAAGAAAGAAAGUGAGACGGGGAAUUUUGGAGGAACCGCCAGUUCCAGCCGAGCGAGAUGGAUUUUGAGUGCUCGGAUCCCAGUGUUUGGAAAGAAGCUUUGAGCAAUUAUCAGUCUAGAAUCCAAUCUCUUAACAAGCCAAAUUUGGUUUCACUGGAUGAUUUCUACUGCAGCCAACUCCCUUCUCUCCUCCUCCAACGAAGCCCUAACCCUCAUAUCACUACUCCGGAGCUCUCUAAGCUCAUGCAGUGGAAGCUCACCCGUGGCAAAUGGAGGCCUCGUCUUUUGGAUUUCGUUUCGUCCCUGGACGACUCCUUGGUGAAAUCUGCUUCUCAGAAGGCCUUUGGGAGUCUUCCUGAUAUCUCCAAAGCUAUUUCUGAACUCACUGUCCUUAAAGGUGUCGGUCCCGCCACUGCCUCCGCCGUUCUCGCUGCCUUCGCCCCGCACAUCACCCCUUUCAUGUCCGACGAGGCUCUGGAGGCAGCUCUUGGCAAUUCGAAAGAUUAUUCACUGAAGCAAUAUCUACUGUUUGCUAGCAAACUACAGGCAAAAGCGAAGGAGUUGAGCACAGAAGGAGACCCCUUCACCCCAUCAGACGUAGAAAGGGCAUUAUGGAGUUGUGCUGUGGGGACGUCGCAAGCAUCACAAUUGAAUCAGGAUCCCAAGACCAAUCCGAGCAAAACCUCCAAGAGAAAGAGGAAAAUUUGACUUGGUUAAUGAAUGAAAUUACAAGCGAUGUCUGUUCUUCACAGUCGCAGUGACUUUUGGGGGGCUGAGUUUGGUCUAGGUGUCUGGCAACAUGGUGAAAUGCAAUUUUGUUGACUUGCAAAAA